UCGCAUCCAUGACCCAUCUACUUCCCUCCCCUUCUUAUCUGCUACUGCAAUAAUCACCCGAGGCAAUUUUGGCGUGCUUUACUUCCGCUUCCAAUAUACCUUUUUUUCCGCGACAAAAAUCAUUUUUGUUAAUUGCGAAAAGGAAAGAGCCCGUGUGAACAGGAGGGGUGAGGAGAAGAGGGGGAAAAGAGAGAGAAAUCGGAGGGCAUUAGCAAGAAACCAUGAGUUCUAGGUUAGCUGAAAUCUCCUUUGAUCUUUAAUCUGUUCAUCUCCUUGCGUGAGUCUGUGGCGUUAGCGUGAUGCCUUCUCCAAGUUCAUGAACUUCCCGGUUCGCAAUCCCUAGUCGUCUUGUCCUGAUCUUACUUGAGUGCUCGUGAGCUCUUUCCAGUGGCUAAUGACUGCAGAUUUGAGUUCUGGCCCAAGAACCGCGUGCUAGCCCGCCAUGGAGGUGAGGUCCGAGCAAGGGCUGAUGGCGGGGAGGGAUCUAUUCGGCUUGACGAAGAGCCCGCCGGCGCCCGCGCCGCCGUCGUCCGCCGCCAUGCAGAGCGUGCGCAUGGCGUACACCGCGGACGGCACCGCCGUGUUCGCUCCGGUGAGCUCUUCGCCUGCGACGCCGUCUUACCAGCCGCAGGGCGCAGCCCACGGCGCUAGCAUGUCCGCGGCGACGGUCGUUGGAGGCAAUGGCGCUCCAGCUGCGCCGAGCAUGGGUGAGCCGCUGGCCAAGAAGAAGCGCGGACGACCAAGGAAGUACGGGCCCGACGGGUCCAUGGCGCUGGCAAUGGUGCCUGCUUCGGCGGCUUCAGGGUCGCCGGCGACAGGGCAGGGUUUUUCUGGGCCGUUCUCACCGCCUGCGUUAAAUCCGGCGAGCUCUCUGGUGGUGGCGUCGCCAGACGGAUUCAAGAAGCGGGGCCGGCCUAAGGGUUCUACCAACAAGCCACGCGUGGACGCUGCUGGGUCAUCAGGAGCUGGAUUUACACCUCAUGUUAUCACAGUUCAAGCUGGGGAGGACGUGGCAUCAAAGAUUAUGUCAUUUUCCCAGCAUGGAACACACGGAGUUUGUGUUCUUUCAGCAAAUGGCUCCAUAUCAAAUGUAACGCUUCGUCAGACUGCUACAUCAGGCAGAACUGUAACAUACGAGGGUCAAUUCGAGAUACUGUCGCUGUCGGGGUCAUUCUUCCUGGCUGAGGAUGGUGUCCAGCGCAGCCGAAACGGAAGCCUCAGCGUGUCGCUGGCUGGUCCUGAUGGCCGUCUGUUGGGUGGUGGGGUCGCAGGACUUCUAGUAGCGGCUUCACCGGUUCAGAUAGUACUGGGAAGCUUCAAUUCUGGAGGCGGAAAGGAGCCACAAAAGCAGGCUCCUUCAGAACCCACAUCGGCUCCACCGAGGGUUGCUCCGACAGCCGGGAUGGGAGGACCCAGCAGCCCUUCUUCAAGAGGCACAUUGAGCGAGUCAUCCGGUGGCGCUGGAAGCCCACCGCCACUGCAUCGAGCCAUGGCUGCUAGUGCUAGCAAUAGUAACCAGCCACCGUUCUUGUCCAGCAUGCCUUGGAGAUGAGUUUGCAGCUUGCAUUCUCUUGGCCAAUUCCAGGCAGGAUGUAGCAAUCUGCGCUUUCAGUAGCGCCCGUUGUGUGAGUAGCUGUGUGUAGUACAAGCCAGAAGCUUGGGUGGGAAUAGAAUUGCGUCUGGUAAAUCUGUAGCUCUGUUGUAGGUUCCACCCUGAAUUCCUGUGCUAGGUGUGUUGAGCUGUGUAAGCAAUGUAAUCCUUUCAGCGUUAUCAAAUGCUAUUUAGUUAAAUGUUUCUACCAAGGCAUGUCGAUUUGAAUCAUAAGAUAUCAAUUUGCUGUUUGCGUCU